CAGACGUUUCACCUCAUUUCUGAAGCAUUUUCCGCCAGUGCGAACGACGACGAUCAUCCGAACCGAACCAGACCGAACCGAUUUUUCUGGAGAGACAUUGAACACUGAAGGAGCUGUGACCGUCAGGUGCACAGCAGAGAGAGAGCGAGCGCGCGAGAGAGAGAGAGAGAGAGAGAGAGCAUCAGAACCAGCAGAGAUGGCGAAGGCAGACCAGCAGCGUUUCGGUCAGCGAGACGGUUCCGACCAGAACUUUGAUUACAUGUUUAAGCUGCUGAUCAUCGGGAACAGCAGCGUGGGAAAAACCUCCUUCCUGUUCCGUUACGCAGACGACUCGUUCAGCAACUCGUUCGUCAGCACCGUGGGCAUCGACUUCAAGGUGAAGACGGUUUAUCGCAACGACAAGAGGAUCAAACUGCAGAUCUGGGACACGGCGGGUCAGGAGCGAUACCGCACCAUCACCACCGCCUACUACCGCGGUGCCAUGGGCUUCAUCCUCAUGUAUGACAUCACCAACGAGGAGUCGUUCAACGCUGUCCAGGACUGGGCCACUCAGAUUAAGACGUACUCCUGGGACAAUGCUCAGGUGAUCAUGGUGGGCAACAAGUGUGACAUGGACGAGGAGAGGAUCGUUCCUCCAGAGAAAGGAAAACACCUCGCUGACCAGUUAGGCUUCGAGUACUACGAGGCGAGCGCGAAGGAGAACAUCAACGUGCGGCAGGUCUUCGAGCGUCUGGUGGACAUCAUCUGUGUGAAGAUGUCGGAGCGCGUGGACGUAGAGGUGCCGGUGGCUCCCGGAUCCAAGACCACCAGACUGACGGACAAGCCCGCUCAGCUACCUCAGAAGUGCUGCUGAUCGUCUCCCGUCUGUCGUCAUCUCCUCUCUCCCCCGUCCCGCCAAAAUAAAAGAAAGAAAAAAAAAACAAGAAAAAAAACAAGGUUAAAUAUCGUAACAUUCCUCAACACACACUCUCUGCUUCAGUCCAUGUUUGUGAGCAGUUAAUCAUCACUUCGCUAAAUGACGUUCCUAUAGCCAGUUUCUAUCCUCUGCGUCCUACAGAGAUCUGACCGCUUACACCGGCGAGGAGUGAGGACAGCGGUGUCCUCUGCACCAAAUCUGAUUUGGCGUGUUUGGAGCGCUUUCCUGCGAGGAAAAUGUUCAUGCGUGACAUUCCUGAGGUUGGAUUGUUAUGAAAAAGGCUAGUUCAGACCUUGCUAACAUUCUGACGCUGCUUUGCUUGUUCACGUAGAAUUAGAACUAAAAUUAGAAUUAGAACUGCCAGAGGGGAUGCAAAGGAAUAAAAACAUGAUAUUAGCUAAUGAACAUAAAGCUAACAGCAGUAACAAGUGGAUUCUAGCGAGAAAGUACCUAUACAAUAAGUAGAAUUAGCCGUACUGUAAAAAAAAGUAAUCGAGCAAGUGUUACUGGAAAAUAGGCAAGAAUGUACAUUAUAUUUACAGUAAAGACACAUACUCGCUACAGGCUAAUGCUAAAGAAAACACAAACAAACUCGCUAACUAGCUACCGCUCUCCCAGUUUCAUAUCUAACAUCGUAGAUUAAAGAUUAAUGUUCGGAAACAUACCGUAGAACUACAAAUGUGUCUUGUUUUUUUGAACACGCCAAAUUCAGAUUGUGUUGGAAUUCCGUCGCAGCGCAUUUCCGACAGGUUAGCUUAGCACUGCCUCUCCUCAAACUGUAGCACAAGUUAGAAUGUCGUACGCCACCACAGCUGCUCGCGAUCGAUCGCAGGUUUACAGGUCGGUUUUGCAGAUUGUUUGCGAUAGUUGGGUCAAAUGGAUAUAUAUGUAUAUAUACAGAUAUAUAUACGUAUAUAUAUUUAUGUAUAUGUAUAUAUACUGAGUGCGUGUAACUGUUACUGGCCUUAUUUGGUGCCGUUGUUUUGCUUGAAAGGCGCUUUAGGGCUAAACCACCGACGCACAAGUCGCACGCAGGGCUGCAGCUGAAAGUCACGUGACUAGAAGUUCGGUGUUAACAGGGUUUCGUAUAUUUGCGUGGAGCGACAUGAGCUUGAAAUGAUAUUACGAUAUUCCUACAGAACAAUAUUUAUGACAAUAUUCCACAGAAUUUCACAAAAAAGUGUUUCUUUUUAUCUGGAACUCGACGUAGUCCACAAUAAAAAAACAAAACCAUUUAUGAAUCUGUAAAUAACAAAAACAAACAAAGAUAACUUGUGAUAACGUAACAUUUAGUGGCGGUGGCAACAAAUGUCUGUUAGAUUCAUUCAUUAUCAUACAAUAACUUCACACAGUGCUAAUUUAGCAUAUUAGCUCCACACGAUUCUCGUGUCACCUGGCCACUUUCACGUGCUGCUCACAGGAAUUGAUUUGUUUUACUUCAAGACAAACGGAGAAAACAGCAACACCAAGAUGGAAAGUUUAAGCAUUCAGCAGUUUAUGGGGAUAAAAUCUUAUUGUCUCCCCCCACCCCAGCUCUGCUGCUGUAUACACACAAACGCUCCCUUUACCUGCUUAGAGCUAUUAACAUCUCAGAUAGACAUGACAAAAUUCAUCCUGAUCUGUUAAGAUGUCACUGAGAUAUACACAUGUACACUUGUUCUACUGGACUGCACCAUGUAAAAUUCAUGCCAAAUCCGUAAUCUGGAUUAGAUCUAGAUUAAAUUAGACUGAUCCGCUGAGAAAAAAAAAUUCGAUUUACGCAAAUUACAUCACUGUAAUUUAACGUCGGUGAUAAUGGUGUAAAUUUAGACUUUAUGUGAUACAGUGUCUGAUCCUGCACUUGAAAGUUUAAUGAUUGUUUGUGAUGUCAUCAGUGGGCGGAUUCUUACUAAAAGUGAUGGGGAACAUAGUUGGGUGAUCACCUACCCAUGACAAAAAUUUAGACUGAUCUUUGAAAAACUUUAGUAGUUAGCAGAAGAACAUUCCCCAGAUAUUACAUACGACAGCUUUAAGCACACAGAGCAGAUGUUCCAGGACGUAUUGAGACCAAAAGAAGUGAUAAGAUACACAUUUUCAAAUGUUAUUGUUGUUUUUCCUCUACAGACUUCAUAUAUUAGGUUUUCUGGUGGUUUCAGAAUCCUCACUCAGACUCUCGUGGUGCCCCUGCCCCUGGGGGCCGUAGAUUUGAGCGCUGCAGCCCUGCUUCAUGGUGGUUUUUACAGCUUUUCAAUCCAAUGCCAUUCUGAGAUGUGUUUUCCCUUCUCCUCACAAAUGAACACAUGUGAGCAGAGCUGAUGAGCGAGUGAAGCCCCCCCCAGGCCUGUCAAUGUUUCCUACAUGAACGUGUGUGUGUGUGUGUGUGUGUGUGUGUGAUAUUACAGUCAACAUGGUGAUCAUGAUAUUUAUCGCGUGUUCAGUUGUAGGAGUUUUUGUGUGAUAUUUUGAUAAUGUUGUGUCAGCUGAGUGUGUGUGUGUGUGUGUGUAUGUAGAUGAAAGACUUUAAGAAAAGGUCAGUGGAAAAAAUUCAAUAUUAAUAUAUAUAUAUGGAGAGAGAGAGAGAAACAAACUAACAGUAUCCUGCCAAAUUGUUAUAUAGCUGCCACAGCGCACGUUCCUGUGUGUGACUCGUCAUCCUGUGUCCUCAUAUGGAUUUAAAAAACAAAAGAAAACAACAUAUAAUAUAAUAUUGACAUUGUCUUCAUAUGAUUAUUUUUUAAGUGAAUUUGUAAAUGAUGAUAGAGUUAGAAACGAUAAUAACAAUGGUGUUGUAUGAAUUUAUUUUUAUGCUGUGUAUAACCAUGGACAAAUUCUAUAGAGUUUAUGUAAACUUGUCGUCUUACAGGUCACCCCCCCCCCCCCCCGAAAAACGGGAGAAGCACAAAGUGAUUGUACAAAAAAAACAAUUAUUGUGAAUGUUUGUAUAUUAUAGAUGCAAUUUAGUAUGAUAAUAAUAAUAAUGAUAAUAAUAAUUAAAAAAUCACAAUCUUUAAUCAGAACGUGUCAGAGUUUUCACUUUGUCUGUUAAUCUGAGUCACAUGUGUGGGCUGUUAGCGGUUGCUAUAGCGACAUACAGUACAGUUCCAUUAAAAAUACACUGAGUCUGUAAACGGGAUUUAAAAGGUGAUUUAAAGUCUACAAUAAAUUUUAAUAGUUUUAUUAAAUUUGUAUUUAAUUGUAUUUAAAUGUAUUAACAGUAAAUAUUAAUAAUAAAAUAAAACUGUAUGAACAUA